CCGCGAGGCCACGCCCCGAGGUGGUGGCGCGCGAUGCGCAGCGCCGCACUCACCUGGGGGCACGAGGUGGGCAGCAGCGCACACUGAGAUGGAGGCCGAGCGCAAGGCGAAGGUGACCCAGUGGCAGCAGCAGUCGUACAUGGACUCGGGUAUUCAAUCGGGCGCGGGGACGCGCGUGCACUCCAUGCGGCACAUGGACGACGACGACGGGGAAGACUGGGAUCCUGCGUUCGGGCAGCCGCAGUCGCAGGGCUUCAGCAGCCGUCACGAGGUGGAGACGUACUCGAUGACGCGCCAAGUGCGAGGCGGCGGCGGCAUCGGCAGCGUCUUCCCGGACGAGGAGGGCCUGCAGAUCGGGUGCGGCCACCUGGACGCGGCGAGCAGCCCCUCGAGCGGCCACCGGCUGGGCGAGCCGGGCCACGCCAUGCGCAGCGCGGUGGACAACCUGCUGAGCUACCAGGACGACCCGGACCUGGGCACGCGCGCCAUCCCUGAGCUCACCAAGUUGCUGAACGACGAGGACCAGGAGGUGGUGCGGCAGGCCGCCCUCAUCGCCCACCAGCUGUCGCAGAAGGCCGGCGGGCAGCGCGCCAUGGUGGGCUCGUCGGCGCUGGUGGCGGCGCUCGUGCGCACCAUGCACAACACGAGCGACAUAGACACGGCCACGCACACGGCCGGCACGCUGCACAACCUGGCGCACGACACGCCCGGCCGCCUCGCCAUCUUCAAGUCGGGCGGCAUCCCCGCCCUCGUCAAGAUGCUCAGCUCUCCCGUGGAGUCGGUGGUCUUCUACUCGAUCACCACCCUGCACCACCUGCUGCUCAACCAGGAGGGCAGCAAGAUGGCCGUCCGUCUGGCUGGCGGCCUCCAGAAGAUGGUGGCCCUUCUCAACCGCAACAACGAGAAGUUCCUGGCCAUCACCACCGACUGCUUGCAGAUCCUUGCCUUCGGCAACCAGGAGAGCAAGCUGGUCAUCCUGUCGAGCGGUGGCCCGGCAGCGCUGGUGCAGAUCCUGCGGACCCACACCUACGAGAAGCUGCUGUGGUCCACCAGCCGCGUGCUCAAGGUCCUGUCCGUUUGCCCCCAAAACAAGCCAGCCAUCGUGGAGGCCGGAGGCAUGCAGGCCCUGGCUUUGCACAUGAACAACCCCAGCCCACGUCUCGUGCAAAACUGCUUUUGGACGCUGAGGAACCUGUCCGACGCGGCCACAAAGCAGGAGGACAUGCAGGAGCUGCUGCACAUGCUGGUGGAGGCGCUGAGCUCUCGGGAUUUGAGUCUGGUGACGUGCGCCGCUGGGACGCUCUCCAACCUCACCUGCAACAACUCCAAUAACAAACUCGCAGUCUAUCAGAUGGGCGGCAUCGAAGCUCUGCUGAACACCGUGGAGCACAUGGGCGGGCACGAGGACAUCCUGGAGCCGGCCGUGUGCGCCCUGCGUCACCUGACCAGCCGCCACCAGGACGCCGACAUGGCCCAGACUGCCGUGCGGGACAGCAUGGGGCUGCCCCUCGUCGUGAAGCUGCUGCAGCCGCCCUCCAACUGGCCGCUGAUCAAGGCUGAUGUGGGGCUGAUCCGGAACCUGGCGCUGAGCUCGGCAAACCAUGCUCCGAUGCGCGACGAGGGCGUCGUCCAUCGUCUCGCACAGCUGCUGAUUCGAGCUCACCAGGACACCCUGCGCACAGCUUCAGGGACUCUCCCCCAGACCGUGGACGGGAUCCGGAUGGAUGAGAUCGUGGAGGGCUGCACGGGCGCCCUGCAGAUCCUCGCCCGUGACCCCACGAGCCGCUCGCUCAUCACCAGCCUCAACGUCAUCCCCAUCUUCGUGCAGCUCCUCUUCUCCCCGAACGAGAACGUGCAGCGCGUGGCGACGGGCGUGCUGUGCGAGAUGGCGCAGGACAAGGACGCGGCCGACGCCAUCGACGCCGAGGGGCCCAACCCCAUCCUCACCGAGCUGCUGCACUCGCGCAACGAGGGAGUCGCCACGUACGCAGCCGCCGUGCUGUUCCGCCUCUCUGAGGACAACCCGCAGGACUUCCAGAACCGCUUCUCGUCCAGCUCGCUCUUCCGGCCGGACAACCAGAGCUGGCAGCAGGAAGGCGGUGAAAUCGACUUGAUGACUCCUGAGUAUUAUCAAGAAGGUACCCUGCUCCCCGCACGCUACCCCAGCCACGCUCCAGCCCCUUCCCCCGGUGCCACCCCCUACCCCUCUUCCCACGCUGGCUCCGAGCACGGCUUGGCCUAUCCCUCCGCCGGCGGGGGAGGGUUCUCCGACGGCGAUCUGUUCUGGGCCGUGUCCGAGCUGACGCGCGCGGGGCCCAACUGCACCUCCGAGCCGCCCACCCCCGGCAGCGUGUUCGCCGCCGACCCGGCGUCCCGGGCUGUGCCCGAUCGCCAGGGCUUGCCUCACGACGGCUACUAGCGGCCCCUCCACUCGCUCGCUGGUGAAGUGGAGGCGUGGUGAGGAGGGCACUGGACGGACCACCCAGGACGAGAGGACGGAUCUGGCCACGAUUGCAACACAAAUGAAUGGUCUCCCUCCUGCUACUAUAAAAACCAUAACCGCCCAUGGCAAAAUCAAACAUGCAAUAGACACUUGUGAAUGGUAUUCAAUCAGCGGAGGGGGGUGGGGGGGGCCUUCGAAUAUUAGGAUGCACACGCACACCUGCAUUCACAACCAGAAGUGUUUUCUGCUGCACGCUGCAGCGUUGAAUUGACCUUUAUUUGGCAUUCAGAAAGCACGACUUCCGUUGUUUGGGAUAUAUAUAAUUGGCAGGUAAUGGCAUCAAGAUUCCUCGUGCAAUGUGAUACUGCAUUCCUGAAAAUGCCAAACAAGUUGUAAUUGUACAAUAAUAUCCUCUGCACUUUUAAUGCCAUCUGCAAGCUGUUAUCUGUUGCCUGCAGUGGUUAUGCUAAUGACGAAAAAUUCAGGUAGUGUGCCUCCUAAUGUUCCUGGACAUAUGUAAAGUUUAACAUGAGUACCAUAUUGGGAAUUUUGCCACGGAGUUGUCCGAGUGUUGUAGUUGGGCUCAUGCCGGUCAGAGCACAGUGUCGGCACGGCCGACAUCCUGGGUUCACAUCCCGGCAAACAACUGUUAUUGAACAAGGCACUUCAUGUAUAGCGAGCCUGUGGAAUCCCCCAAUCACCAAUCACUGCAGAUAUCUUAUCUUCAACUCGCCUGCUAUUUUUAAUGCCUUAGCCGUAGUGGUCCUGAGCCCCACAAUAGAUCAGUCACUUGUCCACACAGCUCAAGAGCACAAUCUUGAGAUUUGGAGGAGAUAAACCCUUGAAGGAUAUCAAGCGAAGAUCUAUGAUAUGACAUGGAUUUUCUGUGUAGAGGGUGCUCUGUAAAGGACAAUUGUUUUCACUCGUUUCUUUGCCAAUGGCACAAUUGAGAUGAAAUUUAAAACGAAGUGCCCCUCCCGCCCCCUCCCUCAAGCAAGGGAUGGGGGUGGCGCUCGUCUCGAUCCGAGGCCCGGAGUUGCUGGUGGUGAUGGGUGGCCUGGUCUCCAAAGCAUGGCCACGAUUAACUAUCCAUGAAGUGGUUCUUAUUUUAUGGAUGCUGGAGGAAAGAUGGACUAAGUCACCCCUCCCCACCACCACCUAACACUAGCAGGUGAAAUGUUAUUAUGUUUUAUUUUUAUUAUUUUAUCACUUCCCUUCUCCGUGACUUUACCGAAAGAACCCAGAAGAUGAACUAGCAGGUGAAGUAUCUGACCACAGCACCAGUCGGCAGUUUUUUUGGUAAAUCAUGAAACGUGGAACAGGAAAGGGAACCAGUUGACUGGGCCCUUUUGCCAGCGAGAAUAUUAGUCGGGCUUCGCGGGCUAUUUUUUCUUGUUAUCACCAGAUUGCUUUAGGCAUUGCAAACGCAUCACGUGGAAUUUGCCGUAAUAACGUUUUAGCACAAAUGCAGUUGCUUUGGACACCAAAAUAGGGGGUGUGGGGUUGAGGGACGCGUUCGUGUAGUUACAAAAUCGUUCUCUGGUCCGGUUUUGUCCGUGGGUCAUGAUGUUGUGGGGCACUUCUGGAGUUUAUUUUGGUUGUGUAACGUGCUAGUUUCUGAGUGCAUUUAGCCACUGCCUUCCCAGACAAGAGGCCGGAUUUUAAGGUGAUCAGUUUCUGUUUUUGGGUGAAAACGUCGCCCAACGUCUCCAUUCCAGGGGAGCGUGGGGUCAUCGUCAUCACUCGGAAUCGAUGCUCCGCGAAGUUUCUUGGAUUAGGACAAAGAGACGAAUAUUUGUUACGUGGACUCUACCAAUAAUGUAUCUUGGGAAAGCUUUCAGAUUUUAGAGAGGUGACUUUUGGGUUUUAUAUAAAAUUGUGUUUUAUCUGCCUCUAUGUUGAUACAAAAGAUGAUGGUAUGUUAAAUGUCAUUUUAGUUAUUUUUUCUGUUGCUUUUGUUAAGUUUGUAAAGCCUAUGGUUGUGUGCAUUCCUAAUAAAGAAUCUGCUAAUUCUA